CUUGGCUUGAAUAGAUUGUGAAUCUGACAAAGACCACACUGUUUAUCUCUUUCAAGAGCUUUUUCUCUCAUUACUUCACUUUCAAAAAGCUAGGGUUGUCGGGUGCAAUUUAGCUAUGCAACAAAUGUUCUCUUCAAGCUACAGUGUCAACCCUUAUCAGCAGUUUCCUUCACCCUUCAGCUUAAGUACUCCUCCUCCUCCUCCUCCUCCUUCCACCAUUGCCCUAAAUGACAACUUCAUUCUCCUUCACCCCCAAGAUCUGCUUCCCGGUCACUUGUUUCCGGCCAAUGCUUUCUCCGUAGAGGCCUUUUCGAGCAUGGCAAGCCCAAACAAUGCUACAAAUCCACUUCCUAAGAAGAAAAAUGUGGAGAAAGACAAGCACAGCAAGAUUUGUACAGCUCAAGGUCCGAGGCACCGGAGAGUGAGGCUGUCCAUAGGGAUUUCUCGGAAGUUCUUCGGCCUUCAAGACUUGCUAGGGUUUGACAAAGCAAGUGAAACCCUUGAAUGGCUUCUCAACAAGUCCCAGGCCGCCAUUAGCGAGCUAGAAGAGCACACGAAGAACAGCUGCACCGGUGGUGGUACUGCCAGGAGUACUUUGUCUACUGAUUCCGAAAGCUUGGAAACCAAUGAAGCUGCUGAUGACAAUGGAGAGUCACAGGGAACAGUUGUUUCGAAAGAGAAUCCAUUAUCUUAUUUUCGUGAUGCUCUUGCAAGAGAGUCCAGGGCAAAGGCAAGAGCAAGGGCAAGGGCAAGAACAAGGGAGAAGAUGUGCACUAGGAAGCUUAAAGAUUCCGAAAAGCUCUCGGAUUCAAGCCUUCCUAUCUUGAGCAGAUCUAUGUCUGAGACUUGUGAUGAGUUGGGUUCCUAUAGCCAGAUCACAAUAUCUUCCCUUAAGGUGGAUGAUGAAAUCGACAACUCCAAUUAUCAAGAUAAUCAAGAACUAAAGGAAGAGAUAAUGGAGGACAUUAGUAGCAGUGUCACUCAGCCUAGCUCUUUUGCUAUGACCAACAUGGAUCUAUCAAGAGAAUUUCAAAUCUAUGGCAAAUCAUGGGAGGUCUAUGACAACCACAGUCAAGGAUGAUAAGUUUCUGUUUAAUACAUGGAUCAACAGGGCAGCAUCCUACUUUAAACAGGUAUCUUAUGGUGAUCAUAUUCUUCUGCUUCAACAUAAUGUACUCCCAAUUCCUAUCAAGAGUGAAUUCUGUAUCAGAGACGGAGAAAAUGGCAAUAAUGUAUGUUUUAUCCUUUGUAUUAUGUAGUGAUUUGAGGGGGUUGUGUUGAAAAGAUUUUAUUGUUACAUAACUGAAUUUAUGGCAGCUGUAUUUUGAGUUUCAAGAUUUCUAUAUUGAAAGCCUUAUUCA